GUCCGGGAGGUCUCACGAGGCCUUAAUACUCUUGAGCAAUUGCGUAACGGUGCGAUGGGCCGUCCUUCAGUGCAAAGAAAGUCCUUGGGGCUUGAUGUACCCCGCACUACAGCUGCUGAAGCGCUACCUGGGAUCGCGGCGCUCUUUGUGAUCCAUUUCGAUGUCAAAGCUGGGUACACUGUGACCUGGAAACGCACUAUACCCGGGGUCGAGGUCGAAGGGGCCGUCGAGUACAAGUCUCUGCCAUCCGGAUUACACAAUGUCUCGGAAGAUUUGGUCUAUUUCGUUCACGAUCAGUAUGCUGGCAUCAGCGCGUUCGUCAAUCAGCCUGCGGACGAAUCGGAGCGCAACGCGAAGAUGUUCUCGAUUGGAGUUCUGGUGCCGUUGAGCUCUGGAAGGCUGGGCAAGAGCUGGCGACAUGCCUCAAAAUUGAAGGAAUUAGCUCAGCGCUAUUCCGAGAGUGCUUUCAGCACAAAUAGCUUGUCUGAAUACUGGGAAACCCAUGAGCUAUCCGCAAACGAGACAUCGGCAGCACCUGAUUCACCACUUGACUCACCUCUGAGUCUCCGAAUGCGAGCUCAUAGUGACAGGCCAGAUACUCUGCAAAGAAAUCGAGCUAUCAGUGACGCAAUGGUGCUGGAGACGUCUAGGCCGGCCCUGACGCCCUUUCACCCAGCUUCUUCGCUACCUGAUUUUCUCGAUGCGUUUGGUCCCCUCCUAUUUCCGUUAUAUAGAGCAGCACUCCUACGCAGAAGAGUCCUUUUCAUGGCAGAAGCUCCUGUACAAGUACCUUGUAACUACGUGUACGAUUUAUCGUUGUUGGCUUCAUUGCCUAACUCUCUCCUCCCGUUACUUCCUUCGGAUAGGCUACUAUCCCUGCGGCCUCGCGCUCUCUUCAAUGUUGGCGUCUAUGAUAUUCCGUAUCUUUCGUCCUUCAUUAGGGGCUCUGCGGAUUCCGAGCACGAUAGUACCUGGAUUGCAUGCAGCACAGAUAGUGUUCUAAGCAUGAAGCCAGAACUGUUCGAUGUCCUCGUCACCCUGCCUCCUUCUCAUACCAAGAAUGCCGCAAGUAGAGCCUAUCCUACCAUCUCUGUAUCCUCGCCAUUAGUGGACAAGAAACCACCGCAGCGAACGGAAUUAAAGGCCACCCAACGCGAUGUAAGGCGUUACAUUGCUCUCCGGAAGGGAUUACGUCGUGUAUUCAAGGACGAGUGUAUCCGGUCUAAUAGUGAUGAAGAUGACAGCUCAGACGCCGCGUCAACUUUCUCUUCCAGCCCCAUAGUUGAGCCUCUAUCAUGGACCCGACUGGCCUAUACAUCCUUCAUUUGGUGGGCAUCGGCUGGUGAGAAACGCGACGGAUUUUCCGAGGAGGAAGAGGAGGAGCACGAAGUUGAACAAGACGCGAGGCUUUUAGCAAGUGUAGACAAUAUUCCUAGUCCUCCCUCAGGCUCGAUUCGGCAACCAAACAUGCAACAAGAACAAACACCGACGCAACCGCCGGAGAUCGCUCUCAUUGCAUACUUCCGCCAGCUAACUACGCAGAUAUUCGUGACACUAUCUGAUGUCAUUGCACGGCAAGAUGAUCAUAGCGGGAUUGAUCCAGAAGCAGCCAGCACUAUUUCCAACGAAGAUCAAGUCGAAAACACUGAGACUUUCACGGACGAUAUCCCGGAUGAUGACCCCAGUGCAGGAGAUGACACCUCCCCACUUCUAGAACCCAAUCGAGACCCCCAGGUGAAGGCGCAAGCCCGCGACACCGACGCAAUCAUUAUCAAUGCAGAAGACAUGGCUGAAAUGGGCCUCGACACAUGGAGUGCAGCAGACCGGAUCUUCGUAGAGGAACUUGUCCUCACAUGGUGGGGCCGAAAGGCCUACGUCGAUAGUGCACGAAUAAGAUGCUGUGGAAUAUCUAUCAUCUGAUUCAGGGAAUCAUCCAUCAUCUUUGCUUUAUCUGUCUCCAGUAUGGGUCGAAAUCUAUCAUGAACCCGGAACACGAACAUGAGGAUUGUACAUAAUACACACUACCUAUUGCCCAUGUUGUAUACCAUAUCUUGUUAGACUGAGCUGGGAUGCUCCUUCAAAUGUGAUUUGAUACAUUUGCCAGUUAUGAGUAGUGUAUCCUAUGCUAGUAUGGUCU